AUGCUCGAGCAAGGCGCCCUGCCCACGGCAGAUCUGCUGAUACUCAGCAACAACGUCUCUCUCCUACCACCGCUGUCUCGAAGGGGACGUGGGCCGGGUCUCAUUCUCGUUCUGGCGGAGAAUGCGCCCCGCUAUCCCGAGGACGGGGUUAUCUGCGUGGACGGCAUUCCGCCUCCGCUGCUGAAAUGGGCGGAGGAGGGAUUUGCCGUCGUCGAGAUCCGACGGAGUGAAAACGUCGAGAAAGCGGUUCUCCAGAAGGCCAUUACCGCUCUGGAGGAGUGUGAGAAAUGUGAUACCAAGGAUGGGAUUGGGAUGAUAUUUUACGACACGUCGCUGUGGGAUAGCUUCGCGAACAAGGACGCCAUUGACACCAGAAUAUCGGCGGCUGUCAUCUAUGGCACGGUCGGGGAUCGUGUCGUUCCGGCCGCCGCGGUGCCUGUUCUUUGCCAUUUUGCUGGGCAGGGCAAGCCAGACUCCCAUCCCGGCGCCAAAGUGUACACUUAUCCGACUGUCGAGGCCUCAAACUUUGCUCUUCCAUGCCAGCCGAACUUCGACAGUACAAACGAGGCGGUGUCACACACGCGCAAUCUCACCUUCUUGAAAAAGCACAUCCGUGGAUUGGAUUUCGAUCUCGAGGCUAUAUGGGAAGAGCAUACGUAUUUCGAAUUUGCAGAACGGUCUGUGCCCAAGACAAUGGCCACGAUGGUCCAGGAGCCUUAUGUCAACCAUAUUCCCACGAUGACCGGUGGUAUCGGGCGAGCGAGCUUGAGUCACUUUUACGCAAACAAUUUCAUUCCGAAGAAUCCAAAAGACAUGAACUUGGUGCUCGUGAGUCGAACAAUUGGCAUUGAUCGAGUUUGUGACGAAUUCGUCGCCACGUUCACGCAUGACAUGGAAAUCGACUGGCUAGCUCCUGGCAUACCUCCCACAGGACGGAAGGUCGAGCUCCCAUGUACGUCGGUCGUCUGCGUGCGCGGCGACCGUCUGUACCAUGAGCAUAUCGCUUGGGAUCAAGCGUCACUCCUGUGUCAGCUGGGUCUCAUGCCGGAGUAUCUCCCUUAUCCGUACCCGCUUCCGGAUGGCCGGAAGCCAGAAGCCGGCAAGAAGUUCGAGUACAAGGUCCCGGUCGCUGGCAUCGAGACUUCGAUGAAGAUGUUGGACAAGAACAGCAUCCCGUCGAACAGAAUGUUUGAGUAUCAGAUUCGUCAGGUAGACGCUUGA